GAGAAUCCUAUCUACAGCUUUUCGUGAGCACUCAUAGUAGUAAACACAUUUUAACAUGCCCAUUCAUCACCAAACUUUGGCUUUCAUUUUCGGCCUUCUAGGAAACAUCAUCUCCUUUAUGGUGUUCCUCGCUCCACUACCAACUUUUUACCAAAUAUACAAGAAGAGGUCGUCGGAGGGGUUUCAAUCAUUACCUUAUAUUGUUGCAUUGUUCAGUUCAAUGCUGUGGAUUUAUUACGCACUCGUAAAAAGGGAGGGCACCCUCCUUCUCAUUACUAUUAACUCCUUUGGAUGUGUCAUAGAGACAUUCUACCUUGCUAUCUUCUUAAUUUAUGCAGCCAGAAAAUCCAGGCUUUCAACCAUGAUGAUUGUUUUCUUGUUAGAUGUUUUUGGGUUCGGAGGCAUGCUUCUUUUAACUCUCUUCCUAACAAAAGGAUCCAAACGCCUUAAAGUGAUUGGAUGGAUUUCUCUCGUUUUCAAUAUAAGCGUAUUCGCUGCUCCUCUCGGGAUUAUGAAACGUGUGAUAAAGACGAAAAGCGUGGAAUUCAUGCCUUUAAGUUUGUCCUUCUUUUUGACCUUAAAUGCUAUCAUGUGGUUCUUCUAUGGCCUUCUCCUCAACGACUACUACAUCGCUCUCCCAAACACACUAGGUUUUCUAUUCGGCAUAAUUCAGAUGGUGCUGUAUUUGAUUUAUAGAAACCCCAAGACAAAUAAGGUAACGAAAUUGCAAGAACCAAAUAAUCAUGAGAUUGUUGACAUUGGGGAAGCAUCUGAGCUGAAUCAUGUAAGCAGUGGUGCUAUGACUGAGAUUGCUACUGAGGACCCAAAUAGAAGAGAAGAAGGAAAUCGAAAACCCUAAGAACAUCAUGGAUUCCCAUAGCAAUAUGUGAUAAUUAAACAAAGAAGUCCAAACAGAAAAUAAGCAAAAGUGAUAAUAAAAAUUGAGGUCCAUAAAUAUUUAACCUAAAAGUAUAAUAAAAAUUCUACAUGGUCAAGUGGGUCACUUCUCAAUGCAAGAACAAUGUUUUGGAGUUUAGGGUUCUUCUUUUGACCAUAGAUGAAUUUGUGUGAAGCUGUAGUAUGUUGUGUUUAUGUUGUUACAUCUCAUACUGUAAUAAAUCAAUAAUGGGAUUCAG